GACCUGGGUGCGCUGUUGCGUUUGCGAAGUACAUACACCUGCCCUAAUUUGAGACGGAGGGACGAGCUUGUUGGUCUGGAAUUAGGGAAAGCCUUUAGGAAAACAAACGUGUAGAGUUCUCUUCGCUUCGGGAUUUUUGUACGGAUCGGAUAGAUUGUGGGCUGUUUCCACCGAGCUGACUGACGGCCGUCAGACUGUCAAUAGUUAAACGAGGAAGUGCGCUUGACUCAUCGGUGUCGUCUCUCUCGGGCCAUAUCCACUUAUGGCUGCGAGUCCUAUAUUGAUCUUCAUUUAAACACUCGUGUAUGCAAUGUAUGUAUUCUUUUGAGUCCCAGUGCGAUGUUUAGAGUAAAGUGACGUUUAUGGUGAAGUAAUUCGAGUUUGAUCGCAAUAAGCUCGACAGGUGUUGACACUGUAUCAGGAUGAAUGAGUCUGGUACUACUAUGACAAACUUGGUUUUAGAUAAAAACAUGGACAAUUCAGUCCCUUUAUCAUCAUUCUCAAUGCUGUCAAACAUGACCAACGUGUCUAACCUGACCAUGAUCAGGUCAAGUAAUGGGACUGAAGUAGUGGAGAACGACCAGCUCUUCCUCAACACCCCCACCGCUCAAGCCUUGUCAGGGAUUUUCGUUUGGUCUGCGCUCAUCAUAACCUGUCAUCAGAUAUACCUGCACCUAAGGUCGUACACGGUGCCAAAUGAGCAGCGCUACAUCAUCCGCAUCCUUUUCAUCGUCCCCAUCUAUGCUUUCGACUCCUGGCUCAGCCUGCUGUUCAUCAGCAACGACCAGUAUUAUGUGUAUUUCGACUCUGUUCGUGACUGUUAUGAAGCAUUUGUGAUAUACAAUUUCCUGAGUCUGUCGUUUGAGUACCUUGGAGGAGAAAGUGCCAUCAUGUCAGAAAUAAGAGGAAAGCCUAUUCAGUCUAGUUGCCUGUAUGGGACGUGCUGUUUGGUAGGAAUGAGUUACUCCAUUGGCUUCCUGAGAUUCUGCAAGCAGGCCACUCUUCAGUUCUGUGUCGUGAAGCCCAUCAUGGCUGUCAUCACCAUCCUUCUGCAGGCUUUUGGCAAAUAUCACGAUGGAGAUUUUAAUGUAACGGGAGGUUACCUUUACAUCACUAUCAUCUACAACAUAUCUGUCAGUUUGGCUCUCUACGCCCUCUUCCUCUUCUACUUCGCCACCAGUGACCUUCUGAGACCUUUUGAGCCUGUGCUGAAAUUCCUCACCAUCAAAUCAGUCAUCUUCCUCUCGUUCUGGCAAGGUAUGGUGUUGGCCAUUCUGGAGCGAUGUGGUGUGAUCCCAGAAGCUCUGUUCAUCGAUGGUCAUGAAGUGGGGGCUGGCUCAGUGGCAGCUGGUUGGCAGAACUUCAUCAUCUGCAUAGAAAUGUUCUUCGCCUCCAUCGCACUUCGCUACGCUUUCACCUCCAGUGUGUACCGCGAGAAGAAGAGUGAAGCACCAGAGAAUGUAGCACCUAUGCACAGCAUAUCCAGUGGCCUGAAGGAGACCAUUAACCCUGGAGACAUGGUUCAGGAUGCAAUCCACAACUUUUCUCCAGCUUACCAACAGUACACCCAGCAGUCCACUCAGGAAGUAGUGCAACCCAACAUGAACGGCAAACCAGGGACCAGCACCUCCAAGAGUUCGAAGAAAUCUGAUAAAGUAAUGCUGAUCGACACGGAUGAUGAGUUCUAGUGCCCUGUCUGUCCUGAUCUGUCUAUUUAUUUAAUCUGAAAUGAAUUUGACUCUUUAGAACUUUGAGGACCCUAAUCAUGUAAAUCAGCUCAUGAUUUUUUUUAAAAACUCAAAGGGAUCUGAACAGUUUCCUGACAAGUAGACAACAUCAAAUAGAGGUUUCGUUUUCCUCAUCGUAAUCCUGGAGCUCACCCUUUCCUGAUUCUCAGUAUAGCAGAUAAUCCAGCCUCGUAAUGGAGACUCUGUCCCCGUUUCUGAGGUAUGGCCGAUAAACACGAGGCACGGGGAGCUAUUCAGAUGAAAUGAAUCAGAGACUGACACUCUAGAGAGCCAUUCUUGCAUCUGCUCGUUUGAAGUAUUUGCUCAGCAGCCCUCUGCUGGGUCUCAGGAUGAAUUGAACUGGCUCUCAGAGAUGCCCUGGCUUUGGAGAUGGCACUUCAAACUGUUGUCUGCUGCUCUUUGAAACCUUUGUAUCAAUCAUGCCAUUCUGAGCACUGCCCCCACUUGAUUUGGAGGUUCAUUAAUUUUCACACCAGGCCUUCAAAGAGUGUGAGAUCUGAUGCAAAUACGCAAGUCUCAGCCAUCAUGGUGUAUUUUAAUUGCAAAUUGUUUGUAUUCAGCAAUUAUUUGGUCGGUUUAAAGCUUUACCCUGUGACAAGUGUAUAAUGGCACAGGUGUUACCGGGGCAUGUUAAUUUCUUAAUGUUAAAUUAUGUUUAGUUCUCCGCUGUUGGCCGUUUUAAGGUGGUUUGCCUAAGUAGUUUGUAAGCAGUCCAAAACAAAAUGUUUUUAGUUAAUUAUCGGCCGAAGCUAUUGAAAUGUUUAUUUACUACUUCUUACUACAAAGUAAGUCCUGGUCAGUACUUUCUAACAGUGUCUUUUUGAAGUUUCCGAGCCCUGUUUUGUCUUGAUAGUGAAUCAUUUAUAAAACGUUUGUCGAUUUUAUUUGUUAAUCUACUCCUGUAGUUCAUCUGAUCACGUUUUGCGAAUACUGUCAUCAAAAUGAAACAGUCUAUGUUUUGCUCUUCUCUCUUUAUAGACAAAAUAAGUUGACUUGUUUUGUCUAUAAUGUAGCCAUUUUAUGUCAUCUUUGUUAAAUUAAUCUUAAAACAGGCAGCAUUAUGCGAGUAUGACUUGUGCCAAUGAUUGCUGCCUUACAGCUGUGGAUGAUGAAGUGAGGUGUGUGUUGUGUGAAUCAGUAUGGUACUGAAUACUGAUAUUUUAGCUAACUGUACAGUUGGUUUUGAUGAAAAAACCUGUGCUCAUAAGAAAUAAAUGAUAAAAGGGA